UUCACUUUGUUUGACAAUCUGCACCUUAUAGCCAGAACCAGCUGUGACAUCCUUUUAAAGGAUCAUAAUGGAUCUGAGGGAAUAUUUUAAAAGGAUUGGGUUCUCUGGUCUGUAUGAUAAAGCUGAUCUGGACACAUUGUGCACCAUACACAAGCUUCAUGUGAUGACGAUUCCCUUCGAGAACCUCAGUAUCCACUGUGGAGAGAAGAUCACAAUGGAUCUGAAGGUCAUCUACGAGAAGAUUGUGUGUGACCAUCGUGGAGGCUGGUGCUGUGAGAGCAACCUGCUCUUCUCUUGGGUGCUGGGAGAGAUGGGCUAUAAAUGUAUCACUCUGGGUGGCAAGGUCUUCAACUCACUUAAAAACGACUUUAGCCCCAUGGAUAUGCACCUCAUCAACAUGGUGGAGAUUGAUGGCAAGCCUUAUAUUGCUGAUGUGAGUUUUGGGAUGUCAUGCCAAAUCUGGCAGCCUUUAGAACUGAUUGCAGGAAAAGACCAACCUCAGCCCCCAGGGGUGUUCCGCUUACUGAAUGACGGCGAUAAGUGGAUCCUGGAGAAGACCGGGAGAAAGGCACAGGUCCAGAACGAGGCCUUCGCCAACUCUAACGUCAUUGACAAGCGUCUUAAAAAGACCAUGUACAGCUUCUGUUUAACAUCACGUGCUGCAGACUACUUUUUGGAGACAUCAGAGUACCUCCAGACCAGUCCUGAGUCUUUGUUCACCCAGAAAUCUAUCUGUUCCCUACAGACACCUACUGGCCUUAAAGCUAUGGUUGGUUGGAACUACUGGGAGAUCAUAUUUAACCCUGAAGAAGAAACAGAUGUCUAUGAGAUGAAGGAUGUUCCCGACAAUGAGAUAGAGACAGUACUGAAGGACAAAUUUUAUCUAAAUUUUGCUAGUAAACUGACACCAGUAAACAAGAAAGAUGUGGAAGAAAACGAACAAUUAAACAUCUCUACAAACACUGCACACAAGUAAUUUGAUGUAAUUCUUCCAUUAUUGUAUGUUUUAGGUGCCUUGAAAUGUAAUCUCCACCUUGUAGUCUGUAGACUUUUAAGAAAGCAAAACUAGAGGAUGACAGACACAAACUGUGCAGAAACAGAUUCAGAGCUUCUGUCUCUGACUUAACAUCUAUCUGGUGGAACAGCUAAAGGUAAUAAGAGUGUCUUAAUAGUGCUCAGUAAAGCUAAAAAUAUGGAGUGAACUUGUAGAGAACCACCUCAUUUUUUUCUCUAUUCUCUGUCAAUUUUAUCACCUCCCUUUUCCAUAUUGUAGCACUUUGUAUUUUGUAUUUCUCACCUCAGCAUAUUUUAUUGCCCACUCUUAGGUCCAAAGUUUGUCUCUUUCUUUCCUAAUCACCAACUGACUCCAACACUUUCUGCUCUUCUCACUUUCUUCUGACUACCUCAGCUCAGAAAGCCAGAACACUUUCUGACAUCUAUUGAAAGGUAGGAUGUGUAAUUGUUAAAAUACUCAGUCUUUUCUUGUUGGCUAUACUGUAUAUGAUUUAGCUAAUUUUCAACAAUUUCUCCAGUGAACAGUUUUGGACGUAUGGACAGAUUGAUGGUCAGAAGGAAUUUUGUAACCAAGGUCAUUUGCUCUUUUAUAUAAUAUAGUUUUAUGUGGGUUUUGUUAGGCCAACCUGGGCUGCUGUCAUUAGUGUUUCCAGUAAUAGUCAUACCCAGUUAAGUAUUGACAAGCUACUUUUUACAGUUGCUUGAAAACAAAAAGGCUGAUUUUUUUAUAGAUAGUUCAUACAACACAUUGUGCUGUAAAAUGUGCUGGAAGAGGCUGCACUGGCUUUGGACUUGAUAAAACACAGUGGACCAACACCAGCAGAUGACAUGAAAUUUUGGAGCCAUAACUAGUGUUCUGCUACUGUUGGUUCAUUGUGUUAUAUUAAGUCCACAAGCUUAAUGGAGAUGCAGGUUUCAUUUUCCAGCAGGACUUUGCACACUGCCAAAAGUACCAAUCAGUCUUAUAUAAUAUUCCAAUCUUCUCAGAUACUGACUUUUGGCCUAUAACCGAUAAUCAUAGACCCAUAGAUUACUCUGUGUGUAAUGAAUCUAUAUAAGAUAUGAGUUUUUUAUUUUUUCAUUUACUGAAUAAUUUACUGAAUGGAAGUUUUUGAUGAUAUUCAAAUUUUUUAGAUGCAGCUGUUGUUGUGUGCUGUUACAAUUUAUGGCAAUAUGAAUAUGUUUGUUUUAAUUAACAAAAUGUGAAAUUGUGUUAUGCAGUUUGCUUGUUAUUUUAAAGGUGUAAAUAAA